AUGUCCUCAUCCCUAGCCCGCACCCGCUCACUGCGGAAGCCGACGCAGGGCUCUUCGACCGAUCUCCCUCCGACGAAGACGACGUCCGCACCCUCGGCUUCGACCACAGCAGCAGCUAGAGGCACCGCGAGCUCGACCGCAGGAGGAGGAGGAGGAGGGGCCGCGCCAUCGGCGUCGGCGUCCACGUCAAACCGGCCCCUCUCGCCUAGCAGACUCCCCGCGCCCCGUUCCGUCGCUGCCACGCGUCCUACAACGCGCACCGUCUCCGGCGCCAGCGCCGCCAGCGCCGCCUCCGAGGCGCCCAAGAAGAAGAGGCCGAAUCCCCUAUCGUCGCUCCUGAGCAGGAGCUCCUCGGCGCGCCAACCAGCGUCUGCGACGACGUCGACAUCGACGAGGCAGAGAGAUGCGACGACCGGAGGAGCAGGAGGGGGAGGACCUACCAGCUCGGGACCAACAAGCGCCCCAUUGACGAGGACCAGCGCGCUCUCGGGCCUCACGAGGACGUCUUCGACGAGGGAGCCGGGUUUGGCGCGGACGCGAUACCCCGCAAACGCCUCGACGAGCAACCUCGGUCUCGCCUCGACAUCCCACGCCGGAGCCGGGGCCGGUUCCGGAUCGACCACACCGACAACGACGAGACCAACCACAUCAGGCGGCCUGCCGGCCACGAGACGCGCCGCCGCACCAGCGACCUCAGCAGCAGCAGCGGCAGCGGGGAGUCCCACAAAGGGCCACGCGCGCGCAAGGAGCGUCGCAACCCUGAACAACAGCACUGUCCUCCGACCCCUGAGCCAGGCGUCGUCCGCCGGGGGCGCUGCCGCCGCACCGGCGAGAUCACGCCCGACGUCCCUUUACGGCGCACCUCCUGCAUAUUCGUACCCAUCAUCAUCAUCAACAACGUCAACGACCGCGAGGCCCCGUCCGCCCUCAGCAACAGACCGUCUCUCUUCGAAACCAUCCGUAUCCUCCCUCUCCUCCGCGACGACCACGACAUCAACACGUACAGCCCGAGCCGGCAGCACAACCACAGCACCCGUCCGACAACCCCCAAAACAACCCCCGAAACCACCCUCGCAGCAGCAACAACCACAAACACAACCACCACACCUCACCCGCCAACACCAACAAAGACAAGCCUCCCCAACCUCGCCGCCAAGAGCCAAACCAGUUCUGCGCCCAGCCUUCUCGACCCUUCAACAGCAUUACUCCCCCGCCAAGUCCCUCGCCCCGAAACCCCUGACCGCGACCUACCUCGCCGCCCCCUCCCCCUCAAAGCUCCCCGCCAACGUCGCCCUCACGGCUGAGACGUCCCGCCUGCAGACCGAGCUCCUCCAGCUCCACCUCCUCCACCGCGACCUGCCGCAGGUCACCUCACAAUGGCACGCCAGCGCCCGCCAGAAACUCGCCGCCCGACAUGCCGAACUUGCCGCCUCCGCAAAGGACCUCGCCGCCCUGGAAUCCGACGCGGUGGAGCGCCUCAACGUUGCCGCCCUACGCAGCUGGGCGGCGACAGGUCCGUCAUCAUCAUCAUCAUCAUCAUCCGCUGCCGCCGGCGGCAAGGCAUCCACCCCCAUCAUCCCCCUGGAAGACAGAAUCCAGCGCCUAGACGCCCUCCUAACCUCCCUCUGGUCCCUCGACAGCCCAGGCGGCAAACACCACCGUCUCGUCCGCGCCUUUGAGCGCUGGGCAUCGACCCUCUCCGACCUCGAGGCCGCGCGCGCCCGUGCCGAGGACAGCGGCGACCCCUCGGCCCUGCUGGAUGACAACUCGGACGUCCGCUUCGGCGGCGGUCUCGACGCGCGCUGGAAGGACGAGGCCGCGGCUCUGGUGCGGCGGCUGGAGGGUUGGGAUGCGCAGCUCAGAGAGCUCGAGUAUCGCGGUGACGACGACAACGGGGACGAAUCGGACACCACUGCUGCUGCUGCUAGUACUACUACCACCACUACUACGCAGGUGUCGAGCCUGGAGCGCAUGUUGGAUGGAUGCGGCAGCCUCGUCAAGGACAUGCUCGACGAGCUGGCCGUCAUGCAAAACAUUGAGGCGGCGGCGGUCCAGAGGGAGAACGAGUGGAUCAAGAGGAUGAAUAGGGAGGGGGACGACGGUCGCGGCAGAGAUACCCUGAGAGCCGGCGCCAUUUGGAGAUUGAUUUAA